ACCGGAUGCUACAUAUUUGUAAGUGUGUCCCACUUGACGGCGAUCUUACGGUAUACCCCGUGAUAUCCAAAACAACAUAACAAAGUGGGGGAAACAUGGCGAGCGAAGAGGAGGCCAGAAGAUGCCCCUCGGUUACCUCCUCUUCGGUUGGCCUGGAAUCUCUGUUCCCUGCGGGGACUUCGGAGCAGGUCUGCGGGGACGAGAACCCGGAGCUCGUCCGUCUGCGGGAGCGUGUCCAGGGUUGGCUAUCGCAGUACGAAUCCCUGCUGCUGUGGUCGCAGAGGCUGCUGGUCUGGGAAAGGCCGUUGUAUAGCAUCACCGUCGCCUUGACACUCAACACGCUAUUCUGGCUCCUGUCAUCCACCCCCCUGCGGCCUCUCUUCCUGCUGAGUGUGUCCCUGCUGGGACUUAUGCUCCUGGAGAGAUGGAAGCCCAAGUUACCUAUCAUUACCGUUCAACAUGCAGAGGAUCCCCCUGAACAACGUGACAGAAUGAGUGUGGAGCCGCAUCUGCUCAGCAUUCCUGAGCUCAGCCACCACCUGGCUGAAAGCUACCUGACCUACCGUCUGUACCUGCAGGAGACGCUGCAGUACAAGCAACAAAACCAUGGCAAGUUCUGUGUGAUGAUGUGCAGUGGCUGUUUUGUACUUGUCGUGGUUGGGCAUUAUGUACCUGGAAUCAUGAUCUCCUAUAUUAUCGUCUUAAGUGUGCUGUUGUGGCCCCUGGUGGUGUACAACGAACUGAUCCAGAGGAUGUAUACGGGCUUUGAGCCGAUCCUGAUGAAACUGGACUACAGCAUGAAGGGAGAUACCGAGCACCGCAAGCACGACAAGAGAAAGGUGAAGAAGGAGGUAGAGGAGGGGGACGAGCCGAGAGCUGAAACGGAGAGUGAGAGUGAGGAGGAGCUGUCCUGUUUCGCCCCGACGGUGGAUGUGAAGACCACAACUCUGGCGAUGGCCAUCACAGACUCCGAGUUGUCAGAUGAGGAGGCAUCCAUCUUAGAGAGUGGAGGGUUCUCAGUGUCCAGGGCCACCACUCCUCAACUUGUGGACGUCUCUGAAGUUUUUUUCCCCUGUCUCAUCUCUACUACAGACCCGGACCAGCAGAAGUUACACAGCGACCCGGAGGAGUCUUGCUUGCGGGAUCUCCCCGAGUUCCCCUCAGUGGAGGAGUUCCCAUCCAUCGAGCACAACCUGCUCCACUUCCCUCUGCGAGUCCCCGGCCAGGGGGACGCAGCCCAGGCCGCUGCUCAAUCAGAGAGGGAACCGCUGAGCCCCGCCAGCCUCCUCCUCCAGCACUUAGCGUCUCCGCUCCACUUUGUGAACACACACUUCAACGGACACGGACGGCCACCUGGGGGUGAGGCGAGCGUGUUGCAAGUCCCGGGCGCAGAGGUUGAAGCGGGGACGCGUGUGGAAGAGGAGAAGGAAGCUGCAGUAACCCAGGGAACCUUGGAAGCCUUGAGCGAGGAGAUAGUGAGCACAGCCAUCUCUACUGUGGUGCAGAACACUCUGUCAGCCCUGCUGUGCUCCAGUGAUGCCAGCGAGGGCUCCUCCCUAGCUGAGUUCCUUCCCACUGAAACCCCGCCGGGCGCUCUGGAGACCCCCACCCCGCCCAACGACACCACUGCUACCACUACACAAGGAGUGCUGGGAGCUGACGAGGACCUGGAUGAGACGAUUACGGCAAGAAGCGGCACCUGCGAGGAGAUGCCCGACAACACGCUAGUUCCGACCGAGGAAGAGGACUUUGAGCUUCUGGACCAAAGUGAACUGGAGCAGUUUGAUGAGGGGCUGGACCUCACCUCUGACAGACAGGCAGUGGGAGGAGCCUCAGGAGCUCCAGAGACACCUCCGUCUCCUCAGCAUCAACCACAGUCAUAGCUUCCCCGUUGCCUCCUCCUGGUCCCAACUGUCAUGUUUUUAUUCCUACGUUAAACCUACAUUAUAUCCAUACAUACUGCUAUAUACAAAACAUGUAUCAAAGAGUUUGGUGUUAAAUGCAGUUUGGUCCGUGAUUGUUUGGCAUACGGUUGAGAUAACUUGAUGCGUUCUGCUUUUGUAGCCUCUCAUUACAAAUGUCUGUUCAGCCUUUGUAGAGUUUGUUUUGUGGCCUGCCUCAUCAUAUCAGCCUCAUUGUAUCAGGUUCAUUGGGAGCAGGUUCAGGGCAGAGCUGGCCAGUUAUAACAGUUAUAGAUACAUGGUUAUUGUCAGGGGUUGCAAAGUAUUUUAUAUGUGGUUUUGUUUGGUCAUCUAACAUUGAAAUUUGCUUGAUAAUUUAGGCUGAAUUCUUACUGCGUAGUGAAAAAACGGUAAAUGUUCAGUCUCACGUCAGAAUAUUGAUGCCUUUUUAUUUUCAACCUUUGCUAAACUUAACACUUCUACCUUGUUUUCGUUCAUCUGUUUGUCUAGAUGGUGUUAUAGAGAGUUAAAAUGUUGGAUUAUAUAACUAUUAAUAUAUGCUAUAAAUUAUUUAAUUUAACUGUCAGUCGAUGAAACUUCAUAGUUCUAUUAAGGGGGGAGUUUAUAAGCUAAUUGAAUCCCCUCAGUUGCCCAUAAUGAUUGUCUGAUAAUUGUUUUAAUGACACCAUGAACGUCCGGGUUUAAAAUGUAGUUGCGUGUUCCCAGAGUUAAAUCGAUAGUUAUCCUUCACUUCAUCCUUACCUCCAAAGUCUCCACGGUAACAGUUUUGACAGAAACAUUCAGUCAUUAGUGGUCUUUCACUUGUUGCCUGGAAAUGGAAACUUAAUCUUCGACAUUGUUGGAUGUUGACCGGUAGUAGAUCUUUACCCAUACACACAAGUGACUUUGAUGUAGCGAGAUAAAAGAAAUGUUCCUGAAUUUCCUCUGUAGGAUUGAUGCCUCAUUCAUAUUCAUAUUUGAUGUCACAGACCCGUAUGUAAUGGAAUGUAUUCUUUAUCUACAACUCUGUUGAAAGACACACACUUCUUGUUUGAUUGGCCUGUCUGUACCUAUUUGUUAGUCAUCACUGGGAUAUGUAUAUUUACCAAAUAACCUCCUUUGUGCCGCGACAAGUCCAUGCAUGCCAUGCACCCCGCAUGCAUUUACCAUGAUCGAUAUUUGAAGUCAAUUUUCAAAUUGAGUGUAGCUUUUACCGGAGCAGAUUUAGUGUCUGUUUCUGGAAAGACAUGAUAGUUUAAAGACAUAUCUGCGGGGGAUUUGCGGAAAAACUUUGUUGUGAUGAAAACGAAAGCUCGCACUAUGCUCGACGGUAUAAAAAGGCCGAUUUUUGCUUUUGUGAACCACUCAGCAUCCAAAUCUCAGGGGUGGGUUGUACAAAUAGAAUAUAUAGCAUUGCAGAACAUGUGUCCAUUUCCCGACUUGUCGUAGUGCACUGUAUUUGUACUAACCUUUCCUUUUUUCAGUCAAUGCCUCCUUGUGUAUAGUGUAGAAAUGCUAAAAAUGGAACGUGUAUAUUCUGCAUGUAAAAACAGCACUCUGUUCAAGCUCUCCUUGUCAACUGACAAAGUAAUGCACAAUUUGUGAGGGGAAAAAAAUCAAUUUGAAUGUUUGAAGUUAAAAGAGCCCAUUAAAUUCAGUCUGUUUAAUAUUUAAUUACCAACAAGGGCAAGGCAAGUUUUGAUGCGUCCAACUGUAAAAGGGAAUGGGAGGCAAGUGAUGACAUCAGAUUUAGAGGGAUAUUAACGGACUAGUUUGUGUAUGGUAGUACUGUGUUUUAUGCUUAAAGUAUCGCUUCUUGAACUAUAAAAAAUGCACUUACUGAACUGUACAAUUUUAAGAAAAGGAAUAUAUUUUCUAAUUUCUCCUUUUUCCAUAAAGUACUCAGUUUGAUCUUUUACAUCUAAAAACAUAACCGCUAUGGACGAGUUUCACAAAGCGGAAGAGAUUUAUUGUCAUUAAACUGGUAUAAAUAAUAAAAGUGCAACAUAACAUGUGAAAGUAAGAGAAUAAAAGAGCAAACUGAAACAAACGA